UUCCGACUUCAUCCACUCCCUCCCUCUUCUCACCCGCCCUCCACUCGACGCAACGCAAUUGUGGUCCAACAUCCCACUCUGUGGUCAAUUGCAUCACCAUGUCGCUCUCCUCCGCUUCCAGCACUCUGCUGCGCACUUGCGCCCGCCAGCAGCUGUCCACCUCCCGCGCCGCCGUCACCUCCUGCCAGCAGCGGAGGGGAGUCGCCGAUGCGAAGGCCUCGUUCGAGAGCCCCUUCGCCACCGCUAAGGAACGUGGCUCGACCCUGAAGAUCCCCAAUUUCAGCAAAUAUCAGUCCAGCAAUGCUCCUCGCUCUAACCAGGUCUUCUCCUACUUCAUGGCCGGUACUAUGGGUCUGGCUACCGCUGUUGGCGCCAAGGCGACUGUUCAGGACUUCCUCGUCAACAUGUCCGCCUCCGCCGACGUCCUCGCCCAGGCCAAGGUCGAGAUCGCUCUUGGUGCCAUCCCUGAGGGCAAGAACGUUAUCAUCAAGUGGCGUGGUAAGCCCGUUUUCAUCCGCCACCGCACCCAGGAGGAGAUCACCGAGGCCCGCGAGACCAAGUGGGAGUCCCUCCGUGACCCCCAGUCCGAUGACGAGCGUGUGCAGCGCGCCGAAUGGCUGGUCAUGCUGGGUGUCUGCACCCACUUGGGUUGUGUGCCCAUCGGUGAGGCCGGUGACUACGGCGGCUGGUUCUGCCCCUGCCACGGCUCCCACUACGAUAUCUCUGGCCGUAUCCGCAAGGGUCCCGCUCCCCUGAACCUCGAGGUUCCCCAAUACAGCUUCCCCGAGGACGAGACUCUCGUCAUCGGUUAAACGAAUCCAAUCCCUUCCGUUAUCUCUCUCGUGAUUGAUUCCGUUAGAACCCGAAAGAACCCACCUAUGCCAAUCAUGGUGGGAAACUUGUUUCUUUAGACCGGGAAAGGUGAGGAUGGGGUGGUCAAGAUGAUGACUGGACUGGGUCGAUCUUGUCUGUGUAUGUGCUUGUGUGAUCUUUAUUUUCCUUUUGUUUUAGACAGAGCGGCCGUGUGUCUUGUCAAGAUUAAGAGACCGUGUUUUAAUAUGGACAAAAAAUGAGCCUCUUUUUCCCCCCCUGUGUCCUCGGUCUCCAAGGUUGACCUCCAGGAGUGACAUUCUGGUUCUUAGCUGUAAAGCAGCUAUGAGCAGGACUUCAUCCCGCCGGCCUUCUUGAGUACAUACUUGUGUUUAUAUCGUCCCGUGUAUUGCCUAGUCAUGAAAUUUCCUUUGUGCUUCUGAGAAUCAGCUUCUUAAUUAGAUGGAAGAUCCACUACAUCUCUAUUCGUAGUCAUAGUGUGACGUCCGUUCAUGACGUUAUAUAACGAUUUGCGCUCACAAAAUGGAAAUGAUUUCAAAUAUAGUACAUGUGAGUCUGGAUACUCACUUCGAUCUAUCUCUCCGUCUGUACAUGAUUGGCCAAAUGGCUCAUAGGUGUAUGUGAAGAAUUGACAAGAUCGGGAUUCUAGAGGAAAGAUACAGUCCCGCUGAUCCCAUAGUCUGUCAUAUACACAAUUGAGAGCUAUCUAUUUACCGAGGUCUCACCAGAGCAAUCACCAGGCCCACCACGGCUGCACCGGCUGCGGCACUUUGCAUAGCAGCCACGGUAACAUCACGCUGUGAGAUGGCCACGGCGCGUUCACUGAAGAGUUCAUCUAAGACCUGCCGCCAAUAUUCAAGAGACAUUGGAGACAAGGUGAUGCCAGCAAGACGAGAGUAGAGAGAUUGUUCAACGAUGGGUUCGGGAAGAGGUGAGGCUUCCGCCGCAGGAACCACGGGUAUAACAGCAGGCUCCUCAGUCUCUGCGGUAGGUGACUCAAACGAGGCAAUCGAGGACUCGACAGUAGAAUCGAUGACUUCGGGGAGAUUUGCCGAGGCAGCGGACGAGGAAACACCACCUUCAAGGCGGUUCAGGCUCUUCUCCUUCUCCAGCGCUUCAACGACCUUAUCCUCGAAACCCUUGACGAGUCGGCGGCGCCGCCAGGGCUCAACGGCAAUCUGGAAGACCAGGAAGAGCAGAACGUUCAUACCCAUCAGACCCCAUGUACCCCAGGUACUCAUCCGGCGGAUUUUGUCAGACCACACCUGCUCUUCAUGGUAACGGGAGAGAAUGCUCUUAUUCAAGGAUGCGGCGGCCUCUUCCGCCUCACGUUCCGCGCGGGACAGGGCCUCUUGCGUUUCUGUUUCGGCGACCUCGUUGGUAUGGUCGUUGCGGUAAAGCAGGGUGAAGCGCUCCAGGUCUGUUGGGGACCAGGCGUGCUUGCGCUGGAGAAGCUCGUUGACUUCGCGCUGGGAGGUGGAGCGGUUGUUGAUUGCAGAUGUGUAGUCUUCCUUGGCUUUGCGGACAUGUGCACGAGCUGUACGGAGUCGGGCCUCUGUAGAAGGAGAAGAGGAGUGUUCGUUAGUGAAUGUGCGGGAUGUUG